AUGGCCGAUGCGCGGCGCUGGAUGCGCAGUGGCGCUGCGCGCCGAUGGCGCCGGCUAGGAGCGGGACCGUCAGUCGCAGAGGGACCACGCACGGUGGCGGUCGUGAGUUGUCGCAAGAGCGAGACACCGUGUAAUAGAACGAAGGAGAUAAAGAAAGACAGACAGAUCGAGCGAGGGUGAGACGGAGACGGACGAAGGGGGAAAUAGAAAGACGUAGAGCCGUUCGUGGGGCGUUCGUGGUCGCCGAGUACGCGGGUCCCGCUCGAUCGUGUGCGCGUUGAAAAAGAGUUUUAACCUCGUACCGUUCGAUUGUCGUGCGUCGUCUCGGUUCGUCCAGUGCGUGUGGAUCGGCGCGCGCGUUCGCGUGUGUCCGUGUGUGCGUGAAAAACACCGCACGGGUCUCUCUCUCGUUACACUUGUGAGUCACACAUACGGUUUCUAGUAUACAAAUAUACGUGCGACGGAAAGAGAGAAGCGCGCCGGGUACGUCGCGUACAGUGCACGAAACCGAGAAAGAGAAGGGACAACAGCUAGAAGGAGGAGGCGAAGGAGGUGGAGGAGUGGCGGGCGAGGAGGGGGAGGAGGUACGGAGUGCUGGAUUUGUUUUCUCGCACAACGGUGGAGCAAAACGGCCUCAAACUGUGGGGCUCUGGGGCGUUUUUUCUUCCUCCGCAAGGGAUGUACUACCCCCACAUGGUGCAGACAGGAAUGGCUGCGCCCUACGGUGGGGGUGUCUUCCCCCCGCCGGUGAAUGGUGUAGCGGGCGUCGUGGGGGCGGCUGGAGCAGCCGGUGAAGUGAAACCACCACCGCCAGUCCAGGUCAAAGAAGACAACAGCGGCGCGCCCCAGCAGCCACCGCCCAGCGGGCCCCAGGUGCCACCGCCAGCAGGUGCCCCACACCAAACAGCUCCCGGUGCACCCACCGCGGCCAGUUUUAGUCCCCCACCGCCUCCAAACGGCGUGGACCAACAGGCUAUCUCGGAGGUGUUUCAGGCAGCGGUUGCAGCAGCGGCAGCUGCAGCUGCAGGCGGCGGUGGCCAACAACCAGCUCCAACACCGGCUGGGAACGAGACCAGCCCCGAAGGUACCGUCGAAGGCAGCACCUUGGUACCUGUCACUUCCGGCGCGACGACACCUGCGACCGCUACACAGGGUACCGACCUGAAAAGUCAGCCAAAACGCCUUCACGUCAGCAAUAUACCUUUCCGUUUCCGGGACCCUGAUCUCAGGGCAAUGUUUGGGCAAUUCGGGCCAAUCCUCGACGUGGAAAUCAUAUUUAACGAAAGGGGAAGUAAGGGAUUCGGUUUUGUAACAUUCGCAAAUAGUGCUGACGCGGACCGGGCACGUGAGAGGCUACACGGCACCGUGGUUGAGGGCAGAAAGAUUGAGGUGAACAACGCCACAGCGAGGGUGCAGACGAAAAAACCACCGACGGUACCCAACGUGUGCGUACAGUGGCCAGAGGCAGCGGCGCUGAGAGGUGUAGCCAUCCAACGGGGAAGAGUGAGCGCUGCGAGGGCGGCUUUCCCGACAACCGCGGCCGCGUUGGCCCUCGCCAGGAACCCAGGGCCGCUCGCAGCUGCAGCCGCGGCCACGGCCCUGCAUCCCUUCGCACCCGCUGUUUAUUACGACCCGUUCCUAGCAGCGCACGCAGCGACGCAGGAUCCCAACUACAGGCUGCAGCUGGAAUGGCCUCAAGCAACAGCUGACGCCGCGGCAGCAGCAGCUGCAGCGACGUCACCGUUGCUGAAGACGCCCCUCUCGACGGCGCAGCAGGCCACCUUCGCAGCUGCAGCGACCUACACGGCAGUGGCUGCGCGCGCAUACAACGCAGCUGCAGCUGCGGCACAACCGGUCGCAGGAUAUGCCGCAGUCGCGGGUUACGGACGUGAAUACGCAGACCCCUACAUUGGACACGGCAUUGGACCAGUAGCCGGCUAUGGGGCGACAGUAUACAGGGGCGGCUACAACAGGUUCACGCCGUACUAAGGGUUGAAAGACAGCGAAGCGCGAGCCUUCCAAGUACACCGUUAUACUCAGCAGAACAUGACCAGCAGUCGACACAAUCAUCAUCGUCAUCCGCCAUCGAUCACGAUCACCCCACGAAGCGAUGCCUGGAUCCUCCGCGCGUGCUGACGCCAGCCUCUUAGCGUCGAGUUUAGCUCUCGUCGAUCGCGAGAACGCCUCGAGUUCGAGCACACGAUCCGGGAACUGAUCGAAAUUGGACGCCAAUCGACAGGAUCGAGUCACCACCACGUGGCCCCGUGAAUCCAGGAAGAAUCAGGACGCUUCGAACUCGAAUCUUCGAUGCUACGAGUUCGAAGACGGUCCUCGAUCGGGCAUAGCAAACCGUCGACGAAGGUUUGCGAUCGAUGAUCGUGAAAAGAGGGGGAGCACACGGGGAGAAAAUUGGUAAAAAUCAGCGAAGUAAGAGUCGGACCUGCUCGAGGCGCGGUAGAAACUUUUGGGUGCAAUUUCGUUGGGGGGGAAUAAAGCGAACAGGUCGAAAGGUCGAAUCGUUAACGAGUCGCUUGUCGGUUAGGUCCGUCCGGAAGCGUGUUACGGAGAUUCUCGAAAUUCUUAAGGAACGUGGCAUCGCUACGUCAAAUCUGUCCGUUCGUCCCCGAGUUCGGACCCGGCAGCCAUUCCAACUCUUCGAGAAACGACCAGGGCGGGGAAAACGAUCACUUUGGUAUACUUGGACACGUGUACGGUGUACUUGAACAUUAGACACGAGUAAAUACACAAUUUAUAUAAUACGGAUGAUUGAUCUCUCUAGAAAUCGAUUGUAAUUGUGCGAUUCGUAGCUCGUGCGAUCGGAAAAUUUUAAAUCGCGUCCCGGGGCUACAUUUUAACGCGAUUUUUCCGGGGAUAUAUUUUAAUCGCGUACCAGGCGUUGUAUCAUACGGCGAAGAAUCGUACGAGAAAUUUUGUACAUAAUUCAUUGAUUUCCAAGGCAGCGUCGCGAACGCCCAGGAAGCUAGGCGAGAAACUGGCGAUCGAUCGUGAAAUCAGCUUUUCGCGUCUCUUCUGUUCCGGGCGUCUAUAUCAUUGCAUUUCGCGACAUUUUUUUUUUUGUAUUUUUUACGUUGAUUAAAUGAAUAUCGCGGAGUCUCAACGAGGCUCCCGUGAGCGCGGAAUCUCUUCCUUUUCGCGUAGAUCGUUCGUCGUGGGCAAAGAUAGAGAGAGAGAGAGGUCUCGCAAAUGGCUGCCGGAAAGGAACUCUUCCUUCGUGCCGACGAGGUAACGCGACUUCUGUGUUUAGUCGACGCACACUCGGUGAUCCGAAUAAGAAUUAUAUGUGGAGAUACGAGGAAAAAACGCGAGACCCUUAGGUAGAGCUAAAUCUAAGAAGGAAAACGACGAGGCAGUUACGCGUGAGCGGUAGGGUUUCUAUGCCAAAUAUGUGUGCGUGCGUGUGUGCGCGUAGAUUCGUCGAUCGAACCAAUCAGGGAUGAGAGAGGACACCUUGUUCUACUGAACGGGAGCUAGUCGAAAAAAAUCUCUAAACGUUUAAAAAAUUAAGACUAUAGCGAAACCAAUGCAGCUUUCUUUAAUACUCAUAAUUUCGACGACGCUUCGAGGAAAGAAUAAUCGUUCGGGAUACUGGAUGACUUGUGAAUCAAGAAGUUUCGGAGAACCUUGAUAGCGUGGACACAAGUAGGUGUAUUUCUCUGUUCUCCUGUUUUCUGUUCAGUUUCGCUGGAGGAACCGGAAACCACAGAUCUUUGUAUGGUUGUUCGUUUAGUUCGAUAGUAGAGAAUAACUAGAGGCUUGGCUAAAUUUUUCUAUAUUUGUUCGUUAUUGCAAACCUGACAUAGAACCCUGAUAGAUAUCUUUUUAUCGGUAACUCCAUUCUUUGUUCCUCUACGCGGACAGUGAGGGGAAUCUCUGUCCAACUCUUUCAUUGAUACGAAAUCUUGAUAAAAGACGUCCUGUCACCAGCAGAUAGAUCUCGGAAGAUUCUUUGUUCAUUUGCUAAGAUACUACGAAAGAAUCUCUGUACAAUUCCUUCGUUGAUAUAAGUUCACCGGCAGACCUUGCAAUCUACUUUAAUAUAGAAUCUUGAGAAAAGAAAAUGAAGACGUCGUUUCAGCAGCUAUAUCUUGCUUUUCUGUUAAUUUCCCCCAACAAUAAAGAAGAUUCUAAUCGAUCAUACUUUAGAUUUCACAUGGUUUCGACGCAUGCACGAGAUCGAUGGGUUCUUCGAGUCGGUAAUCCGUUUAUUAAUAUCGAAAACAUAAAUACUGGUGUAGAUCAAUCGGUACCACCUGGAGAAUAAAAUCUCUUGCUAAUUUUACCGACUCGAGGCGCCACGAACGAACGCAAUGUUAGAAAAGAUCUCCUGUGUGCGGGAAAUCCCCGAACACGACAGUUUUUCAAGCACGAUGGAGCAACUUCCGGUUCCUCGACGAUCAAAAUAUUGUAGAAACGAUCUCCUUUGUACGGAAUGAAAAAUUUGGAGCGAUCGAGGACGCGAUCGAGACCUUUUUCCAGGAACCGAUCCCUCGAAAUCUGGAGCAAUCUUUCGAAUAGCCUCUCCAAGAAUAUUUUCAAGUUCCUCGAUCUUUAGAUCCAAUCUAUUAAUUUACUCUGUCCACCGAGAUUGCUCGUUCCUCGGAUUCUUCUUUUACGUUAUAUGCACCUUGGAAAUGAAAUUUUAAAGUUCCUCGACCGUACACCGCGUUCUCGAUCGCUCCGAAGCACUGAUCUGUGAUCGAUCGCGAACGAGACACACGCACACGCACGCACGCACAGAACACUCCGUGCGGGAGUAACGCGAAAGGGAAAUGGUACGCACAUUGAGCCGAGUGAGUGAUAAUCCCUGUUAAAUUCUAGUUAAGUGGAGAUUUAUCGUAAUAAAUAUAUACAUAAAUAUAUAUAUAUAUGUACACAUACAUAUGUGUGUAUAUAUAUAUAGAUAAGCCGCGUAAAUGAGAAGGAAUGCGAGAGGAACGAGUGAAUGAGCCUGAGAGAAAGAUACAAAGAUCGGCGUGAGAUAGAAGCGAGAUAGACGCGGCAGAAGAAGGGAUAUAUAAUACACAAAGAAUCGUGUGAAAUAGCCAAAUAUGACAAAGAUGUUCUUUUCCGUUUUGUUUAUUUUCUUUUCUCUCUACGAUUUCUUUUCUGUUUUUUUUUCUUCUGUUUUUUUUUUUUACAUAGAAAGCACGACAGGUAGCUCCGUCGAGGCUUAACGUUUUUAAUCUAAUCUAUCGUUAGGAUAGUUGAAACUAGGCUAGUUAACGAGGGGGCGAGGUCCACGCGUAGGUGGUCGACGCGGGCCCGCCAAGAGAGGAGAAAGCAUAUUCUCGUUUUUUGGUUUGCGUGUGCGAGCGCCAGUACAUGUAAAUAAAAUAGAGGUCGUAAACGACGAUCGAUCGCAUCGUCGAGCACAAAAAUAAUCACGGCGGAGUAUGACGCGCGCGCGCGCGUACUCCCGGGCGCUGUUUAGGAUCGCUGUACCAAGCGAACCUCAAAACAUACUCAUGAUUCUUGUAAACGUUAAAUUAACGAGCGUAGAUUUUAAAGGUGAGAACCACGCGAGAAUGGUGGAGAACGCUAGUGAUACGAGAAUUGUAUUUCGCAUCCUAAAAAAAAAGAACACCCCCGGGACGCGGACGGGGGGAAACUGGGCGAGAUGAUUCGACGCGAUCGAGACACCCAACUCUCCGUGAAGAACGUUCUUUCCCGAACAAAAGGGUCCUGGCGCGAACGUUCCUCGCCGAACGGGACGUUUUUACUUAUACGUAACCGGGGUCCUCGAGGACCCUGCAUGCUCGAAAGACGAUUGAUAUUAAAGACAAAGGCGGACACUGAUAUUAGAAUCGUCCGGUCCGGGGGUAACGGCGCGUCAGGCUUAGGGUACCAGGCGAUACAUCUAUCCCCUGUAUAUUGUACACUGUAAUUACAAUUUAUACUUACUCGUAAUCGAUACCUUUAUCGGUAGGCUAUUACUACUAGCGGCUAGCGUAAGGUCAAGCUCAAAUUCUAGGCGAGACCCGUCGUCUUCGCGUCUUAUUCUUCGUCACGAGUGCACAACUCCCUCCACCGAAACAAAAAAAAAAACCUCAUCUCCUCCUCAUGAUUCCUCUUCUUGUUCCGACUAUCGUUGUUCUUUGCGCUCUUAUUCGUCCCCAGAUUGCGUACACAGGCCUAUUCACGACCGACAACCGGGCUCCACCCAAAUUCCCUUGUUUCCCGCGCCACCCCCUUCCUUCUUCUCUUUUCCGCUUGACACUUCGUUUCGUGACUCGGGGAGACGCCUCCGAGGAGCUGGCGGAACCCCCCGGACGCCCCGUCGAAACCACCGAACGCGCCGAUUCUCCAAAUUUGUACAAUACAAAAAUGCUCUGUUCGCUCGCGUUCUCCGAAAAGAACGAUCAAACGAUCGGUAAACGUAUCUCGAAUCUUGGAAUUCGGCAGCUCCGGGUGCUCCGACAGCUAUUCAUUAUUCCUAAGAAACGCUAAAAAUUGUAUUCAGCGAAAAGCAGAGGCGCAAGAAUAAUACACGAUCUCCAGUUCUCAAUUUAUUGAUCUGAACGAAUGCUGAAAACGGCUUUGGUUACACUUUUUAUUCCAUAUUCGCGCAGUAGAGAUAACCAGUAACGAUCAGACUAGACGUCCUAGUCCUAGUGAAUUUAGUUGCUCGAACGUUUCACAUAACUUUCUCGAGAAUAGAAUCUAAGAAGGUGUCUUGAGACAGGGAAUCGGCUCGUCGGUGGCUUGGACGCCGAGGAAACGAGAAGGGGAACGUAAUCCCAAGGAAAGCCCCCGGCAAAAGGCCCCGGUUUUACCGUAAACGCUCGACUCCAAAGCAGCUCUAGCGCGGGACUAUUCGCAGUGUAAAAUAAUCGAAAAGAAAAAAAAAUUAAAAUACGAUGAUACGCACCGUAACGUUAUACAUAUAUAAAUAUUAUUGAUAUAAUAAUAUAAUUAAUUAUUAUAAAGCAGUACCGUAAAAGGGAUUUUUAAAUAAAUAAUAAUUAACAAACAAAAAAAAAACAGUGGAUCUAGACGACUACAUUGACUAAACGUAACGACACAUCUUUACGAGCAACAUAUCCUAGCGUACUAGGCGGGGGCGGUUUGAAGGCGGGAGCGAUGGCGAACGCUCGAGAUCCCCGGGGCGCGGUCUGGUCGCCUUUCCAGCGGCCCACGCACACUUCGAGAUCCUCGCACACGGGCAAAAUUUUCUUCGAUAAGACGACGGACGAACACGAACAGUUAAACUUUUACGCGUUCGAUUCCAAAGCGUGCAACGAUUGUACCCCAUUCAGACCGUAGCUUUAAUUCGAGAGAUACCUUUUUAUUCGAACGGAAAUUUUACCCUGACCAGCGUCGCUGGGGGAGGGUUGAUCUCGUCGACGCGCGUCGGCCCCGCCCCCGUCCCCCCCCCCCUUUUUUCGAAUUAUCGCAAGACGAACGAACGGGAGAAAUCGAGAAGAAUUUAAGUAAGAGACGUAAGGGAUGUUCCAUGACAUUAGGACGUUACGCUGAACUUAAUUAAGUCUAAUUAUCUCUUAAUGGCGGCGCGUGCGUGCGUCGGACCGGAUGUUCGUCGCGUCCUCGAAUCGACAGGCGCGCAGAUCUCGAUGUUCGUAACGUUAACGCGUUGGGGGGGCCGGCGAAACGAAUCCACGAACGCGUGAUUUUUUUGCGGACGAACGACGGGGGACGGGAGGGGAUCGUCGCGAGAGCGAAAUCCGUGAGACACGGAGAAUCGCGAUUCGCUGAGAGAGACGGUCGAACCGAGGGAAGGGGAAAGAGAGACGAACGACGAGAUAUAGUAGUAACGAUUUAAAGAAAACAAAAACGUGGGGUAUUCACCAUGAAAAAUGAAAAAAAAAAAAUAUGAAGUAAAGAAGUAAACAUGAUAAAUAAUAGAACGUCGUAAACGAAAGCUAAAUGCCACCUGUUUUUCGCUUCUCUCGCAGUGUAAAAUGGAUUCGCGACGGGAGAACGCGCGCGAGCGUCAAGCUAAUCCGGUUUCCGGUCGCGAAUCCCCCCCCUCAGAGCAAAGCUGAGCGUAUGUGACUGUUCACCAGCCCCGAGAAUGCAGGGGACGUCACACGACACACGUACACACUCGAUACAUACUCUCACACACACACACACACACGUACACCACUCACAGAUACCAUGAGCGACGGGAUAAAGAAAAAUAUUGCGUAUGAAAGUCGGACGAACAAAUGCUGAAAACGAGAAGAGACGAAAGGACAGGUACAUAACGAGAGAACAAAUGGAUACGAUCAACUCGAACUUUAGUUUGCAAAAUACUGAUAGGAGUACACGAGGUGUCGUUCAGGAACACCUUUAUCAUUGUCUGAUUUGAUGAUAUUUUGUAAGUCUGGACCAGUUGUUAGGUUCUUAUUACUCCCAUAGCGACUUCUUAUGGCGUAUUUUCUCUGUAUAUU